GAGCAAAAGUGAUUCUUGCAUGCCGUGAUAUGACCAAAGCUGAGAGUGCAGCAGAACAGAUAAGAAGGGAGACUGGUAAUAGGAACGUUAUUAUUAGAGAGUUGGAUCUUGCAUCGAUGGAAUCGAUUCGAUUAUUUGCAAAAUCAAUAAUUGAAAAUGAAACACAGUUGGACAUUCUCAUUAACAAUGCAGGUGUCUUCAAGACGGAACGACAUGAAACUUCAGAUGGAUUUGAAUUGCAAUGGGGUACUAAUCAUCUUGGCCCAUUUCUCCUCACUAACCUCCUGUUAGACUUGCUAAAAAACUCAGCCCCAAGUCGAAUCAUAAAUGUAUCUUCAAAGCUUCAUAGAAAUCCAAAAAUGAAAAUCCGCUUCGAUGAUCCUAAUUUAAAAGACAACUAUGACCCAGACUUAGCGUAUGGCCAAAGCAAGUUAGCAAAUAUUCUGUUUACAAAUGAACUAGCAAGAAGAUUACAAGGAACUGGUGUCACCUGCUACUCGCUGCAUCCUGGCGUUGUAUUAACAGAAAUUGCACGUGACUUCAGUUCCUGGAAACUCGCUCUCAUAUAUUUGAUCGCUUUCAUCUUGAUUAAAACCCCUGAAGAUGGUGCACAGACCACAAUACACUGCGCUGUCGAAGAGAGUUUGGCGAACGAAACCGGCUAUUAUUACAGUGAUUGUAAAAGAAAAGAUCCU